AUGCAGCUUAAUCUUCGUCAAUGCAUACCUACGUUUCUUGAGGUCAGUGCCUUACAGGCUGCCGUGCUGGACAUGGUCCGGCGUAAGGAGCGCGGCAACAAGGAAGUUGAUUUCACCUUUGGCAAGAACCGUCCCAAUACCUCGUCUACCCCUGCCUCGGGCACUACCAGCGCUCCUGCCCCCUCUGGCACCUCAUCGUCCGCCCCUAAGGGCCGCUCUGGCACCGCUGCACCCGUGAAUACCCGUGGCUCUGCCUCCGCUGGUCCCGCUGUUGCACCCUUUGUUGGAGCCUGCUGUGGUGGCCGCCGUUCUCACUUCCCUCCCUCCAGUGCUAAGCCUGAGGGUUGGACUGGUGAGUGGUUUGAACCGCAGCGCAGCCCCCCGAAGCUUACUGCCGAAGACAAGACUGCUCUGACCCGCGCUGGCCGCUGUUGGGGCUUCCGUGUCUCGAAUCACCGCGCUAGCGAUGCCUGCUGUCCUUAUUUCAACUCUCAUCGUUCUCCAUAUUCGACUGCACAAGACGGCCAUACCGAGCAACUGGCAGCCUAUAUCGCUCCCUUGGCACGCCACAAGUUAGUGCUAGGUGACCGUUGGUUGACCACGCACAAUCCCCAUAUUGAUUUCACGAAUCGCACCCUUCCGUUUAACUCGCCUCACUGCUUCGCAGAGAGUUACCUACCUCGAGGUGCUCCCUGCACUGCGCAUACCCGCGGCUCCAAAGCUUUAGUGAGCAAGACUACGGCCCAGAUUACUGCUGAUAACAGUAUUUCGAUCGUUUCUGCUAGACGUUUUAUCUCCCUAGUGAGUCACCGGGAUCAUCACGGCUAUCUCGUUAUGACUAGAGAUGGCCGCAAGCACCUCUGCGCCUCUAUCACCAAUGCGGUGCGGCCUGAAGAUUUCGACAAGAGCUUGGCCAACAAGGCGGCCUAUACGGUUGACCAGCUGAAGGAACGAGUCCCCGAGAGGUAUCACUCUGUGAAUUGA